AUGGCAAAGGAUGCGCUGAGGAACCUCAUCAACAACAUCCCCGACUGGCAAAGGCGACUCAACGACCUGAGCGGUCAGAUUGACCGCCGACAGGCCGAGCUUGCCGCGCUCGGUGCCCUGCCCAAGAACCCCGCCACCUCCACCUCCCUUCGGAACAAGGGGUCGUCCGAGUCGCUGAGGCCAAAGGAUGACGGGCCACGGCACAUGGACGUCGACGACGCCGACGAACACAAGCAGCGGCACGAAGCAGCCGUCGCCGCCCCGCCCUCGCACCCGACUCCGCCGACGCAAACCCUCCCGUCGUUCCCGCCCCUACCCCCCAGUCCCGAGAGCGCCGACCGUCUGUCGUUGCACAGGAAGGCGCGCGAUGCCGUUCUCGCCGCUCAUUCCCGAGCCAUGGCCCAGGCCAGGAAGACGAAGCAAAGGCCCUCGUCGGUCGUCUCCGCCGAGGGAGCACCGGCAACCAGCCGGAUGAGAAGCAUGAUCAUCGUCUACUACGACAGCUAUGUCCAAGGCUUCUUUGACGAGUUGGUCCGGUUCAUAUCGUCGAGCAGAAACCUGAUGCGAAGGACAAGGAUGGCGGCCAAGGUUGCCCAGAUCAAACGCAUGGCCGAGUUGGAAAUGCCCGACGACCAGGCCAGCGGCGACGAAGACGACGAUGCCUUGCCAUCUCUACGCUACAUGAGCACGCGGCGGCGGGCCCCCAUAACCGUCAACACCUCGUCGACCUUUGGCAACCUCGACGAGGACCGGGCCCCCGAUGUGUAUGAAGCGCUGGAUCAGAGUCUGGAGUAUGUUCAGAGCACGUGCGAGCACGGCGCCCAUCGCUUCCUCAGGGACGCGAGCUGCGAAGACGAGCUCGGCAAAAUACGCGCCCAAGUGGCUGUGGUGUUGGCGACGGCCAUGGAGGAGAUGGACCGUAUCGAACGCGAAGAACCCGCCCUCGCCCAGGAAUCCGCUGACGUCGGGAAUGCACGUGCGCUGCGGCCCAUCAGCAUCCGGAAGGAGGUGCCCAGCGGGAACAAGGGCGAACCAGACCCGCCGAAGCCCACUGUCAAACCCAUGGGGCCCUCGGCGUCGACCGAGCCAGAGCACGACAAUACCGCCGCAGCCGAGCCGCCGCCUCUCGAAGUUGAUUCCGAUGAUGGCGGGGAUGACAGCCUGGAGGCGAUGCUCCCCCGGCUGCAGUAUCGAACCCGGGAUGUCUGGGGCUUCUCCAACUGA